AUGAACCUCACUAUGCAGACAAAUACUUUCUUUCUGAAGACCAUUCCAUGGCUUCUCACACUACUUAACUCUAUUCAACUCAUUACUGCUGAUCCCUCAUCUAAGGAUUCGACCCAUCAGACUUCUCCCAGUCGCUAUGUUUUCGCGCAUUUCAUGGUCGGCAUUGUAAGCAACCGAGCCAGCUCCGCCGACUAUGACAAAGAUAUGCAACUCGCUCGUCGCGCCGGAAUCAACGCAUUUGCCCUGAAUAUCGGCGCCGACGCAUUCACAGAUACACAGCUCGACUAUGCCUAUGCAUCCGCAGCUACAAACCACAUGAAAGUCUUUUUGUCCUUUGAUUUCAAUUCCUGGGAUCCGGCAGAUUCAUCAGCAGUAGGGGAAAAAAUAGCAAAAUAUGCUAAUCAGACUGCACAAUUGUCUGUGGAUGAUAAAGUCUUUGUUUCGACAUUCAUAGGCGAUGCUCUCAAUGUCGCAGAUGUGCGUGCUAAAGCUGGUGUUCCUAUUUUUUUCGCGCCGAACUUUAGCCCUGGGUCGUCUAAUUUUAAGGAGCUGGAUGCAGCGUUUAAUUGGAUGGGUUGGCCCAAUAAUGGGGCGAACAAAGCGCCAUCGUCUUCUUCGAAUCUCACAGUCCGUGAUGGUGAUGUGGCUUAUAUGAAUGCGUUGGCGGGGAGAGAUUAUAUUGCGCCUGUUAGUCCGUGGUUCUUUACGCAUUAUGGACCCGAGGUGUCGUAUAGUAAGAAUUGGGUAUUUCCAGCGGAAGGACAGUGGGUUCAGAGGUGGCAGGAUUUGUUGGGGUUGGGAGCGAGGUUUGUGGAAAUUGUUAGUUGGAAUGAUUAUGGAGAAAGCCAUUAUGUGGGACCGCUAUCUGCACCACAUACUGAUGAUGGAAAUUCGAAAUGGACGAACGAUAUGCCUCAUGGAGCAUGGCUCACCCUUGCUACCCCAUUCAUCCGCGCUUUCCACGCCGGCGCCACCUCCCCUUCCAAAUAUAUCAAACGCGACCUCAUAGUCUACUGGUACCGUCCCAACCCUCUCUCUCUUAACUGCGACGCCACCGAUACAACUAUGCUCUCUGCAUCCAACUCAUCCGGCGAUUACUUCAACGGCAAACCCAACGGCUGGGAAACCGAAACCGACAGUAUCUUCGUAACCGCCUUCCUCAAAUCUCCCGGCAACGUCACCGUAGUCUCCGGAAGCGGCGCAUUCCAAUUCAACGCAGUGCAAGGUGUCAAUGCCUUUACCGUGCCCAUGGGAGUCGGAAGCCAAAUCUUCGGACUCUGGAGGAAAGGAAAAAUAGUGGUCCAGGAAACGAGUCCCAGAAAUGUAACAGAGAUAUGUGCGUGUGGAAAUUAUAAUUUCAAUGCGUAUGUAGGACGUGUUCCUGCGUCGAGAGGAAGAGAUGAGUUGUCGCCUGCGGGAACGGCACUGUUGACAAAGGGGAUUAGAGUCCCUGUUGAUCAGUGUGUGGCUGUGACUGGGAAGGUAGAAGAAAUCGCGGAGGAUGUGGAUGGAAGUGUGAGUCUUUCGGAAAGUACGAGUGAAAGUGAGAGUUCUAGUAGCACAAAUCAAAAGAGAUCGUGGGGAUUGCCAAAUCGGUGGGAAUGGAUUAGGGGGUGGAGGGAUUUUGUGGAUUUGGGUUGA